ACCAGCUCAAAACCGCACGAAUUCCACAUUUUAUUGAAUUAUUUGUAUUUCCUGUAAACAGUAUUCACCAGUUAUAGCUCUCCACGUUUCUGGGCUGAGGAAUACCCAUAAGUUCUAAUGGGGAUUCCUCCUGCUAAUUCUAUUUCAGACACUGAAAAUCCACUUCUGGGAAUUCAUAAAAAUGAUACUCCUAUUCCAUUUCCCAAGCCUAAAAGGGCCAAAUUUGUCAUUUUAUUUGCUUUCCUCAUUCUUACAGGCCUUGCUUUUGGGAGCAGCAAGACUUCUUGGUUGUCAAAAACACAGCAGAAUUUCAAUGGGGAAGUACAUAUUGGUGACCCUGAGAUUGUGGAGUCAGCUAAAGGGGUUGUUGCAGCUGAUGAUGCCCGCUGCUCGAAGGUUGGAGCAUCGAUGCUGCGACGAGGAGGACACGCUAUUGAUGCUGCAGUUGCAACUGCAUUAUGUGUUGGAGUUGUGAAUCCAAUGGCAAGUGGGAUUGGUGGGGGAGCUUUCAUGGUUGUUAGGUCUGCUUCAACUUCUGAAGCUUUAGCUUUUGAUAUGAGAGAAACUGCUCCUGCAGCUGCAUCUGAGAACAUGUACAAGAAUGAUCCUAAGACAAAGGUUUCAGGCCCCUUGUCAAUGGGUGUACCUGGAGAGCUAGCAGGUCUGCACGAAGCAUGGAAAAAGUAUGGCCGAUUGCCAUGGAAAACUCUUUUCCAACCUGCCAUACAGUUAGCUAAAAACGGCUUCAAAAUUCAUGGCUAUCUCGGGAAUGACAUCAUUAAACACCAGAAUACUAUUAAGGCAGAUCCAGGCUUGAGGCAAGUGUUUGCACCAAAUGGGAAACUCUUGCAGACAGGAGAUAUAUGCUACAAUCUAAAGCUUGCUGAAAGCUUAGAGGCUGUAGCAGAACAAGGACCGGAAGUUUUCUACAAUGGGACUGUUGGUGAAAGGUUGGUGAAGGAUGUGAAAAAGGCUGGUGGGAUUCUAACAAUGGAUGAUCUCAGGAAUUACAAAGUGAGAGUAAACAAUGCUUUAACAGUUGAUGUAAUGGGUUAUAGAAUCCUCGGAAUGCCACCUCCUUCAAGCGGAACAUUGGGAAUCGCCAUGAUUUUAAACAUACUUAGUAACUAUGGAAGCACCAAUGCGAUUGAAGGACCUUUAGGUUUACAUAGACUGAUUGAGGCAAUGAAGCAUAUGCUUGCUAUCCGAAUGAACUUGGGUGACCCUGCUUUUGUUAACGUAACUAAGUAUAUGUCCGACAUGACUUCACCGUCUUUUGCAAAGGAAAUUUGGCAUAAGAUAUAUGAUAAGACAACUUUCCCUCCUGAGUACUACCUUAGCAGGUGGAAUCAAGUACAAGAUAAUGGAACGAGCCAUUUUUGCAUUGUUGAUGCAGAGAGAAAUGCAGUAUCAGUUACAACAACCGUAAACUAUCCUUUUGGAGGCGGAGUACUGUCGCCUUCUACUGGGAUCGUAUUAAAUAAUGAAAUGGAUGAUUUUUCGACUCCUACAGAAGAUAGUCCUGACACUCUCCCACCCGCUCCAGCAAAUUUUAUACAACCAGGGAAAAGACCAUUGUCUUCCAUGACUCCCCUUGUUAUUCUCAAGGAUGAUCAAUUGGCUGGAGUCAUUGGUGGUAGUGGUGGGAUGAACAUAAUUCCAGCAGUGAUCCAGGUUUUCCUCAACCAUUUUAUUCAGGGAAUGGAUCCUCUUACGGCUGUUCAAAGUGCAAGAGUCUAUCAUAAGCUUAUUCCAAAUGUAGUGUCAUAUGAGAAUGUGACUGUCCUUGACGGGGAGCACAUCGAACUCCCCGAACAAACAAGAUUGUUCUUGGAAAAGAGGGGUCAUCAAGUGAAGCCUAUAGGAAUUGCAGCAAUCUGCCAGCUUAUUGUACAAACAUUUGAAAGUUCUGUUGAUUUGGGCCACAAAACGGGAAGGAAGUUUAUUGGUGAUACAUAUUUAGGAACUCUUACUGCAGUAAGUGAUCCCAGAAAAGAUGGAAGACCUGCAGCCAUCUGAUAUAUCAUCAUCAUCGUAUUCAGUGUAUCCCAUUCAUAUGAAACUAACACCUGAAGCCAUGUGAUAUAUGAAAUCUAUAUCAGUGUUCUAAGGUUUCCUCUCUGUAUUUGUGAAUUUUGCUUAGUUUAAUACUUCAUGUUUUGUCCUCUGA